AUGAACAACACCACACGGCAGCUAGCGCAGUCCGCGGCGCAGGCGCCAUGGGCCUGCUUCUUCUGCCGGACAACGCGUCCACAGACCCGGCGCCUCGAUGCCUCCGCCCUCCGCCGCUGGCUGUCCGGCAUCACGGCCCGCCGCGCCCAGCACCAGGGAAACCCGAACGCACUGUCGAUGGAGCGGAUCCGCGAGCAUUACAAAAGGAAAAAUAGAACCGUCAUGAACUACACCUUGAGCGCGAUACUCGGCACCGUUGCCCUGUCGUAUGGUUCUGUCCCCAUGUAUAAGAUGAUCUGCCAGCAGACCGGCUGGGGUGGGCAGCCGAUCCGCGUGCACGGCGGCCCCGGCGGCGAGCAGCAGGACAUCUCCUCGCGCGUGGUGCCCGUCACGACUGCCAAGCGCAUCCGCGUCACCUUCAACGCCUCCGUGUCCGACGUGCUGCCGUGGAAGUUCACGCCGCAGCAGCGCGAGGUGCGCGUGCUGCCGGGCGAGACGGCGCUCGCCUUCUACACGGCCGCCAACCGCGGCGACAAGGACAUCAUCGGCGUCGCCACGUACAGCGUCACGCCGGCGCAGUGCGCGCCUUACUUCAGCAAAAUCCAGUGCUUCUGCUUCGAGGAGCAGCGCCUUGCGGCCGGCGAGACGGUCGACAUGCCCGUCUUCUUCUACCUCGACCCGGACCUGCUGACGGACCUCAACAUGAAGGGCGUCGAGACCGUCACGCUGAAUUACACAUUCUUCAAAGCUCGCUACGACGACAAUGGCAAAUUCACUCCACCUGCCACCUUGUAA